CAUUGGCUGCAAUCCAAGCAAGCAAGAAGAAGUUAAACCAAAAAGUUAGAAACUCCUAGCUAAAACUAAAAAUGCAGACUAUUAAGUGUGUUGUUGUUGGAGAUGGAGCAGUUGGAAAGACCUGUCUUCUAAUAAGUUACACUACAGAUGCCUUUCCAGGGGAAUAUAUUCCUACUGUUUUUGACAAUUAUUCUGCUAAUGUUAUGAUUGAUGGAAGACCAAUCAACCUAGGUCUUUGGGAUACAGCAGGUCAGGAAGACUACGAUCGAUUGAGACCACUCUCAUAUCCUCAAACAGAUGUUUUUUUAAUUUGCUUUUCACUUGUUAGCCCAGCUUCAUACCAGAAUGUUAAAGCAAAGUGGCAUCCUGAGAUCACUCAUCAUUGCCCUAACAUUCCAGUUAUUCUUGUUGGCACAAAGCAAGAUCUACGAGAUGAUAGAGAAACCAUUGGAAAAUUGAAAGAGAAGGGUUUCUCACCUGUUACUGCUACAGAAGGGCUGAAACUCCAAAGAGACAUUGGUGCUGUGAAGUACUUGGAGUGCUCUGCACUCACUCAAAAAGGACUGAAGACGGUGUUCGACGAAGCCAUUAGGGUUGUUCUAAAACCAGCAGCCAUUACUAAAAAGAAGAGUGGUUGUCAGCUCCUUUAAACUUAAACAAAAUUGUCUAAAAUAAUACUUUUUAAUUUUGUAUUACUAGUAUUGUAACAAUGUACUUGUAUUAUUGUGCACUGCAUGAAUCAACUAUGAUAACAUUGUAUAGUGAACAAAAAUUCAACAGUUUUGAGAGUAUGAUGA